CUAAAUUACAUGGGACGAAAACAGUCGUAAAAACCCCUAUGGCCAUACCUGGUGACUGUGAGCAUAGCUUAUGCGCACCUAAGUGAUAAAGUGAUAAAUUUUCCGAUGGGAUGAGAGCUGAGAGCAUGGCAGGUAUUGCAUAUGCAACCCUGUGUCAGUCUCGCCACAACAUGGCAAGACACUGCUCUGUCUUCCAUCUUCGAUUUUCCUCGCUAGUUCCGACCUUUAGCUACAAACGUACGAGGGAAAGGAGGUGCACUACCCAUGCCAUUUGCCAAGCUACAAAGUCAAAGGAGGAGCUUUUGGUGGUUGUUGGGGGUGGAGCAGCAGGGGUGUAUGGAGCAAUUCAUGCUAAGACUGUGGCACCCCAUCUUAGUGUGGUGGUUAUUGAGAAGGGAAAGCCUCUCUCCAAGGUGAAAGUUUCUGGAGGAGGACGGUGCAAUGUGACUAAUGGACAUUGUGUUGACAAUAUGAUUUUGGCAGAAAACUAUCCCAGGGGUCACAAGGAACUGAGAGGAUCUUUCUUUAAUAUGCAUGGCCCAGUGGAUACAAUGUCCUGGUUUGCCUCUCAUGGGGUGGAACUGAAGAUUGAGGAUGAUGGUAGGGUAUUUCCGAUCAGCAAUAGUUCUUCUUCUAUAAUUGAUUGUCUCAUGUCUGAAGUAAAGCAAAGGGGAGUUUCUUUACAGACCAAAAAAACUGUAUCAGCAGUAUCUAUUUUAUCUAGCGGCAAAUUCCUUCUUGAGGUUGAGCAGCUACCAUCUCAUCAUGCUGCAUGUGUUGAAGCUGAUUAUCUAUUGAUUGCUAGUGGUAGUAACCGUCAGGGUUAUUCUCUUGCAUCUCAGCUUGGUCAUUCAAUUGUAGAUCCGGUGCCAAGCUUGUUCACAUUCAAAAUAGAAGAUUUGCGUUUGCGGGAGUUGUCUGGGGUUACAUUCCCCAAAGUUAAAGUAAGGCUAAAAUUGGAUAGUGUUCAAAGGAAUAUACCUCAUCUUACACAGGUUGGUCCCAUGUUAGUUACACACUGGGGGCUCAGUGGGCCAGUUAUUCUUCGGUUAUCUGCUUGGGGUGCUCGUCUUCUGUUUAGUUCAAGUUACAAAGGCAGACUUUUUGUGGAUUUUGUCCCUGAUCUACAUGUGGAACGUUUGAAGUCAAUUCUUUCUCAUCACAAGCAUCAAUAUGCGAAACAAAAAGUACUCAAUUCCUGUCCACCCGAAUUUGGCAUAACAAAAAGAUUUUGGAGCUAUGUGUUGGAAAGACAGGGUUUAAGUGGAGAUACCUUGUGGGCUUCCAUUUCAAAUAGUUCAUUGAUGUCCAUUGGUUCUUUGUUAAAGGACUGCAUAUUUGAAGUUACAGGAAAGGGUCAAUUUAAGGAUGAAUUUGUUACUGCUGGUGGUGUUCCCUUAUCAGAGAUUUCACUUAAUACAAUGGAAAGCAAAAUUUGCUCACGUCUGUUCUUUGCUGGAGAGAUACUGAAUGUUGAUGGGGUAACCGGUGGUUUCAAUUUCCAGAAUGCUUGGUCGGGAGGAUUUAUUGCAGGAACCAAUAUUGGUGGAUUAGCACUUUGCUCUUAUUCAGCUUCAAAGUAAACGCAAUUUUUCAAAGUUGCAUGCUUUUGUGCAAGCAACUUGGUUUUUUCUUUUUUGGGUGUCAACGAGGACAAGUAGUACAUUUAUCUCAUUCUCUUUUGAAUGUUCUUUUCCUUUUCUCAGCAUAAACAUAGUUUAGUGGCAUGAGAUUUUGAUACCAAAGGUUGAAAAAUGAGCUCUUUAAAUAAAGUAACCUUAAAGAAA